UAUUCGGAAAGCCUGCUAAGUUCAGGAGCAGACACUGUGUGUGAAGCUGCUGGGAGGUACAGCUGACUACCAAUUGUGCUGGCAUUGACACCUAGCUUUCCACAUUUGUGCUACCAGACUGAAUAUUGACUCUUGCUUCUACCACUUUAAAAGGUCCUGGCAACAAUAAGACAGCAUCCCCUUGCUGGCUGCUGGGGGAGGAUCACAAGUAGGGUUCAGGCAGCAGGAACCAGCUCAUACAACAUGAAAGAAGAAGGAGCAUGCCCUGACUCCCCUGAAGACAGCCUGGUAACCAGUGAGGAAGAGGCUGAGCGCCAACAGAAUAAAGCCAUACGUAAGCGUACAGUGCUGGUGGGCAAGGGUGGUGAGGGGAGGGUGCCCCUAUCACCUACGUGCAAGCGCAGCAAAAGGAGUCCCCAAAUAGAAACAUUUGAGGAUGUACACACACAGAGAAUUAUCGCCAAUGUGAGAGAGCGGCAGCGCACACAGUCUCUAAACGAUGCUUUUGCAGAGUUGCGAAAGAUCAUUCCUACGUUACCAUCUGAUAAACUAAGCAAGAUACAAACCCUGAAGCUGGCUUCACGUUAUAUUGAUUUCCUGUACCAGGUCUUGCAGAGCGAUGAGCUGGACCACAAGAUUGCCAGUUGUAACUACCUUGCCCAUGAAAGACUCAGCUAUGCCUUCUCUGUGUGGAGAAUGGAAGGUGCCUGGUCCAUGUCAACAUCCCACUGAACCAACGGACGAUGCCCCUCUUGCCUGCUGUUUAAGAAGAUAUGACAAGAGUGGCCAUCAAAAGGACUACCGGAAAAGAUAAACGGCUUCAUCUGAUGGCUGCAAUUCGCCACGUCUCUCACAGCUAAUGGACUGUACAAGAUGUUACAACCAGUCAACUGGGAUAAUGCUUUGGAAGAUCUAUAGUAAAAUAGGAUCUAUGGCAUCUGAUACAUGGCACCUUCAUUCAGCUGAGCGUUUCAUCACAAAAAAUAUAAAAUCAACUAUGGACAUACAACCACUUGUAAGGAUAUCCUGUGGAAGUUAUUUAUUCAGGAGAAAAAAACAGGAAACUAAAUAAAUCUGCAAAAGCUAAAACACUUUUUUUUUAUUUUAAUGCUUAUUUCCGGCAAUACUGAACCCAAGCAGUAACCUGAAGGCCAACUGACUGCCUAUGCGGUUCCUCAAGCUUUAGAGACAAGGCUCUUCCAUUGCAUUUAUCUCAGGCUUUCCAACAUACAUCAUAUGGUAUUAGGAGAGGGCCUUCUGUAUAUUCUACUCCAAGCUUUAGCAAGCAAUGAUCUGUGCACAUAUCCCAAAGAAAAUAUAUCAGCCAGUGGCUAGCAGGAAUCUCUUGAUUAAAUUUGCACCAGAUAGAUAUAUAAUUUGGUAGGGGUGAGGAAGGGGGUGAAGAAGGGGGGUGAUAAAUUAACGAGGCAAAACAUUAUAUUACACAAAAUGGAAGAUAUUUUAUAUUUCUGUAAUAGGUGCUUGGAAAUAAAAAAAAAACAUAUUAUGCAUUGUCACAGGCAGACAUGGCCAAUUCUGUCCUUAAAUAGCAGUAUAGUGUCAGAAUAUAAUGUCACUGACUUACUUAUUCUUAUGCCCUCCUUGAUGGUUGUUUUGUGGUUAUUCCACUGUUGGAGGAAAUCUGUGAAUAUCUAUGUGUUGUCUGAGAAACUGAAAUAGAAUAAGAAUUAAACCUUUAUUAGACUA